AUGGCACCGAGUGUUUCCAACGUCAAACAGCCCAUCGCUAUUCGGACCGAGUAUACAGUUUCCGAUCCUACGUCUAUCAGAGUCAAACAGCACAGUCUGAGCCUGUCCGGGGGAGAGUUCACAGUGUCCAAAUGGGAACCCGAUCAGUCUUCAAGGCUUGAAGAUUCUCCCGAUAUUCUGUCUGUUACUGGGAAGGUCACGUCUUUCCAUCAGAGACGCCAUUUCCGAGACCCUUCUGGGCUUCCGUUAUUUGAGCUUUCAAAUAAAUCCUUGGGCUCGACACGCUUCGUCAACUUGCCAGGUGGUGGCUCUGGAUCAGAGCCAAUUGCUAUAUUUGCGCCACGAUUUGACUGGCACAAAGACAAAUUUGAUCUUUAUGUCAAAAAUGCCGUGGCAAAUGGAGAAGAAACUCUUCUAGAAGUGCGGGGUCAGGACGUUUACAAAUUGAGGACAAAUGUCUGGGCCAAUGGGGCCUUGGUGAUGACUAUCAAGAGGACAGACAGAUAUGCCCCGUACAUUCCGUUGAAGAGACCUGAAUGGCAAGUGGAUGUUGGCGGGGGAAUGGAUUUGUCGCUGGCCUCUUGCAUUGUAGUCUAUAUGGCGGAGACGAUGUACCAUCCUAGCAUGCCAUCAUCGCAUGCAUCCGCGGGUCAGAACGACCAGGGCUCAUCACAGGAAGCAGAAUUAUCGGAAAUGGGGAAGAUGGAGUAG